AUGGAUGAGUCUGGACUAUUCUACCGAGAAUCAUCGAGAUCCACAUUCUACACGAAGGGAGAGGACUGCGCCGGUGGGAAACGAGCAAAGGAGAGGAUAACAGUUGCCCUCUGUGCCUCAAUGACUGGAGAAAAGCUGAAGCCAGUCGUUAUUGGCAAGGCACGUAAGCCCCGAUGCUUUGGGUCGAUCUCUGUGGACAAACUGCCAGUCAAAUACUACAGCAACAAGACUGCAUGGAUGCACAGCUGGUGCUUCGAAGACUGGUACAGAAAGAGACAGCUUGCCCAUGUGCUGAGUGAGAUGGACAGAAACAGCAUCCAGACCGGUCCAGAAAUCCUAAGGGUUUUAAACAUUUUACAAGCCAUGUAUUGGAUCAACUCAUUAUGGAACGAAGUGAAGGCGGAAACCAUCAUGAAGUGUUUCUGGAAGUGUGGAUUCGGGGACAAAUUAUCAGCUAGUACAAGUGACCAUGAGGAAAGUAACACGGACAGAGAUGAUAUUGAGGAUGAUAUACCACUCGCUGUGUUGAGAUUGUCGCGCGAUCUGUUUAGUCAGGACUUUAACACCUUAGCUGACAUUGACAGCAAUGUGCAUACAUGCGACAACUCCAUGACAGAGUGGGGCCGCCCUGCUUCAGAGAUUCUUUCUGAGAUGAGGAACUCUGAUGAGACUUCCAGCAACAUUGAUGAUGAAGAGGAAGAAGAGUCUUUAAGAUCGGUAAAAGUGGUUUCAACAAGUGAAGUGAGUGAUUGUUUGGACACAAUAAAAGCUUUUGCUCUACAACGAUCACAGAGUGACAUGCUUGACGUGAUAAUGUCUGCUCAGGAUUUGUUAAUCAUUGUCAUACUGAUCCUUUACAAGGCCGUUGUUUAUACUAUUUUCGUGUUUGAUUCCCUUUACAUUGUCGUUGCCCACUGA